CUAAAUUUUUCUGGCUGCCGGCUGAAUGGCUGGUCGCCAUAUUGGUGGCUAUUGAUAAGUGUUUUGUUUAAAUAAUUUGUCGUGAGCGGCAGUAAGGGAGUUCUAUAAACUCCCUUAAUUCUUGUGUUUAAGCUUUAUAUUCUUAAAUUACCUCUCGGUAACUCUUAACAGUCUUAAAUAUUGUUAUUUUCUUUAUUUCGUAAUAUAAAACAUGGCUUUCUAAAAUGUCGGCCCUGUACGUAAUUUCGUCCUCUCCUUGCGGAGCAGCCCGCGAAACUUUUGUGGAUGUUGGAAGACCCCAGAAUGGACAAAAAAUCUUUAAAUCGAUCAAAUGCUCAACAGUCGAGGGCAUCCGCCAUCGACUGUAAGAAAAACUUAGAAUUGACACAUAAGCCGUUACCACGAAAUAACAAAAAACGCGAGACAUCCGCCAGUAAUCCCAAAAAUGAAAACAAUCGGAAAAACCUAUCUACACCAAGAGCUAGAGGCCAGCUGGACAAGAGACCCCGGCCUCGCGGCUCAGCUGGCAUUGCUUUGGGUGGAGCGCAGAGCACCGGGAUAGAAAAUGAUGAUGAAGCUGAGGUAGGGUCUUUAAUGUUGCCUGGAAGCAAGAAGCAAAACUUAAACCAUUUGCUGAAUUUUAUGUAUUCCCCUCGUGGAAACAAUGAAAGGCCAAAUUCACAACGAUCUUAUGAUCCUAGGAUGGCACCUGUUCAUAGACAUGUUCAAAAUCGUUCUUACCAUAAAUUUGAACAUGAUCUAUAUCUAAGAGCGUAUUGUCAAUUUGUUGUGAGGAAAGAUGUGGAUGUUAAAGAAAUGUUAAUGGACCCAGAUUUACCAAUAAAGUGGGAUAAAAUUGAAGAAAUUGUGGUGAGAAGCGCUGGUAAUUGUCAAUGUCCUAUUUGUCUUGGGCAACCAGUAGCUGGUAGAGUCGGCAAAUGUGGUCAUGUAUAUUGCUGGGCGUGUGUGCUGCACUACACUUCAACUCACGACAAACAGCCUCCACCAUGUCCUGUGUGUGCUGUUCCGCUCCAAGUUGCUGACAUGAAACCAACACGGCUCAUACAAUGGGAUGCACCUGCAGAACAGGUAACUAUGCGUCUUGUACGCCGUCUGAGAGGAUCAAGUGUUGUCGAAGUAGCGCCUCCGCGUGGCGCAAUAACUGCAAUGAAGGAAGACACAAUUCUUCCUUUAGAAGAACAACAAGCAUCGCCAUUUGCUAAAUUAUUCUCAGCAACUCAUCAACAGAUCCUUGAUAUAGCAGAAAGAGACAAACAAGAAAUUGAAGGCCAAAUUCAAGCUGAAAUAGAUACAACUGAACUUGUUUACCUUGAACAAGCAUUACAAAUGCUGAAAAUUAAGAAAGAAAUGAUUCCACAAGAAUAUGUGGAGCCAGAAGCUAUUGCGAGCCCAACUAAAGACAUUGUUGUAGAAGAAAAUACAAGUUGUGGAAUGAAAUAUGAUUGGUUUGAUGUGAAUGAUGAAGAAGGUGGUGCUUGUGCUGUAGAAUUAUCUGAAUUAGAUAUAAGCUCAAAUGAUCCUGAGCAGGUAGACGAAGAUGAAAAUAAAAUAUUUGACAUAAAUGAAAAUACACUGGAUGACUUGCCUGUACCUGAUAGCACUACAUCUGAAGAAGACAAAAAUGAUCUAAAUGAGAUUGACAAAGAGAAUCAGGCAAAAUAUUUUUAUUUCUAUCAAGCUGAUGAUGGUCAGCAAGUGUUUUUGAAUAGCCUCAAUGUGCGAAUGUUGAAUGCAUCUUGGGGUGCGUUGGUGGCAGCACCGGAGGUUAUACACGGCAGAGUACUCCACAGAGACACUAUAUCACUUGGAGAACAGACCAGAAAACACAUGCCUCACACAGCACAUCUGCCGUUACACUGUUCAAUUGAUGUGGUUGAACUUGACUUGAGGCCGCCUUAUGUGACACAAGCAGCACUUGAUCAGUUUGCAGCUGAAAUUCAACGGCGAGCGCGCAACCGGGCUAAACUAGAACGUGACGAACGACGUCGUGAGCGUGCCUAUCACCGCGCCAUGGAGGGUCCGCCUAAGCCUGACUUUUCAUCAGAGAUCCUUUUCCCGACCCCAUCACCAUUUGGAAGUCCACCAUCUCGAGAAUCUUUCAGUAUUCCUGAACAAGUACCUUCUGCUGUUGCUUUGGAAACAAGCACACCAGUUUCACCAUCAACCAGCAGUGGAUCCAGUGGUCUUUCCUUUGCUAAGAUGGCAGGAGCUAGUGGAACGUGGCGGGUUCGUAAAUCAGUUCAGCCUUCGCCGCCGCCUCCAGCCGAACAUGAGGACGAAGGUCACGCGCCUCGCUCGCUCGUACUAAGCGACGCCAUCGAGGCAGCACUCCUCGCUACAAGCCCCGUCAGUGCAACACCCAACAAGAAAAAGAAUAAGAAAACAAAACAGAAAAUUCUAUUUGCAACGGGCAUGACUCACACGUCAUAAAAUAUAUUAAAUUUAUAUAAGUAUGCAUAUUCAUUGUGUGCUCAUAAACUCGUAUUGUUUUUAUUGCGUUUUGCACAGUCUGACACGUGUUGUUAGGUUAUGUUGCAUUAUAUUUAUUAUAUUAUAGAGAUUUAUUAUAUUAUUAUCAUGAACAAUGUCUUGAUUGAUUUCACUUUCAUACCAAAUUUUGGGUUUGUUAUUGGUGUAAGAAGUUGGUAGUUAUUAGAAUACUUAUCAUUAAAAAAAAAAUUGCUUGUGGUUCUUUGACAGUAAAUAAAACACUAUAAAAGUGA